AUGAUGGAAAAUUCCUCUACAGAGUUCAUGUUUCUACUUCAUGGACUGAAUGACACAACAACAAACAAACAUUUUUACUUUGCAUUUGGUCUUCUUGUGUACAUUAUGACAGUGUUUGUAAAUUUGGCACUAGUUAUCACAGUUAUUCUGGACAAGACACUUCAUGAACCUAUGUAUCUGUUCUUAUGCAAUUUGUUUGUGAAUGGAAUAUGUGGUGCAUCUGCUUUCUAUCCAAAGAUCCUUGUUGAUCUUUUAUCAGACUCCCAUGUUAUCUCAUUUGUAGCAUGCCUCAUACAAAUGUAUUUGAUUUUAUGUUAUAGUUUGUGUGAACUCACAUGUCUAACUGUAAUGGCAUAUGAUCGAUAUGUGGCCAUUUGUAGGCCUUUGGAAUAUCUGGACAUUAUGACUCACCAGAACAUUGCAAAGCUGCUGUUUUUUAGUUGGCUCUUUGCCUUGUUGCAAACAGCCUUGGGGGCAUGGGUGACAGUCAGAAUGCCUUUAUGUGGUAAUGACAUUGACAAGCUGUAUUGCUCUAACUGGGAGGUUAUUAAGCUAUCUUGCACAGAUUUGAUUAUGAUUGAUGUGUAUGGCUAUUUUCUUUUACUUUCUCUUGUUUUCCAAAUUACAUUUAUUAUUGUGUCAUAUAUUCACAUUGUUAGAGCUUCUUUACAGUCCAAGACAGGGAAGGUUAAAUUCAUGCAGACCUGUCUUCCACAUUUAAUCACCCUCACAAACUUUGCAGUUUCUCUAGUCUUUGAUGCCAUGUACUCUCGCUAUGGCAAAAGCCAAACACAGCAAUCUCUGCGUAAUAUCUUUGGUAUGGAGUUUCUUGUUGUGCCUCCUCUCCUAAACCCAAUAAUAUAUGGAAUGAAACAGACUGAGAUGCGGCACCAGUUGGUGAAAAUGUACAUGAAAAUUAAAGCAUUGAGUCAAAGCUAA